AUGUCGAGUGAAUUGUCGGCGAGGCAUGUCCAGUUCGACGGAACGAACUUUCUCGGCUGGAAGUUCCAGGUUACGCAGAUCUUCUUAGCAAACGACGUACUGGACGUCGUGAACGGGGAUCGAGUAGAGCCGCAUGAUCGAACAUCGGCGGAAGGAAAGGCGUGGGUCAAGGACAAUGCGAAGGCCAUGUUCUUUAUCUCGUCGUCGAUGGAAUAUUCGCAGCUCGAGCCUCUUCUGACCUGUGCUGAUGUUAACACAAAAGUUCCACGAGUAUCGCAUAUGGGCCCGACGGACACGGUCGUACAGCACGUGGCGAGGGUGCAGAACAUGGCGACGCAGCUCAUGGAUCUAGGAGAGAAUUUGUCGGACGUGACCAUCAUGGCAAAGGUGUUGGCGAGCUUAACAGCGAAGUUCUUAGCUUUUCAUACUGCAUGGGACAGUGUUGAGCCAGCGAGGCAAACAAUCGAGAAUCUCCAGGAACGUUUGCUUCGAGAGGAAAGCCGGUUAAGCGCCGAUGCGGGAGAGGUAACGGUUUUUGCUGCGGUGAAGGUCACGAAAACAUCUACCUCUGAGGACUCGAAAACAAAGAGAAAAAAGAAGAAGAAAGAAAAGAAAGACAUCGAGUGCUUUAUUUGCCUUGAUUUCAACUUCAUAACGUCAAAUUAUUUCAAAGCAAAAGACAUUAUUCAGCAGUGCUGA